AUGGAGAAGAUCGACCAUAUUUUCGUCACCAACGAUUGGGAGGAUGUUUACCCACGUAACCUGUUGACGGCGCUGGACACGGCAGUGUCGGAUCACUGCCCACUUCUAAUUGAUCCCGACGCAGACUUUCAGAUGGGCCGGCGCUUCAGAUUCGAAAUUUUUUGGCCCAAAGCGGAGGGCUUCUUGGACAUGGUCCGGACAGCAUGGCAUUCUUCUUCAUCGCAGGGGAACCCGUUUGUGGUUCUAGAUGUCAAGCUACGUGCAACCGCAAAGGCUUUGCAGAGCUGGAGCGAUAAAUGGAUUGGGAACAUCCGGCUGCAGGUGUUGAUUGCGCUCGAGGUGAUUGGUCGGCUGGACAAGGCCUCAGAUACUAGGCGGCUGUCAGAGUUGGAGCAUGGGCUGCGGAAAACCCUGAAGAAAAAACUGUUGGGCCUAUGCUCUUUGGAAAGAACAAUUGCGAGACAAAGGUCGAGGAUGUUGCAGCUGGCGGAAGGGGAAGCUAACACCGCUUUCUUUCAGAGACACGCGAGGCAUCGCCAACGCAAGAACGUGAUCACAAGCUUACAGCGAGAGGGGUUUUUGCAUUCGGGGCAGGAGGAUAUAUCGGAGAUGGUGGAUGAUUUCUACGACGAGCUGUUCGGGUCGGCUUCCCCUAGGUCGGCCUCGCUCAAUCUCGAUCUGCUAAACCUUCCAUCGCACGACCUCUCGCAUCUUGAAGGGACUUUCUCGGAGGAAGAGGUGGAGAAGAUCAUCAAGGACAUGCCAUUUGACAAGGCACAGGGCCCCGACGGUUUUACCGGUAGAUUUUAUGUCACUUGCUGGCAGAUCAUCAAGGUCGAUUUCAUGCGGGCGCUGAACCAAUUCUAUGAUGGUGACAUGAGGGGUCUCGCGGUUAUUAACAAGGCGUUGGUUUCACUACUUCCCAAGAAUGCAGGGGCUUCAGAUGUGAAAGAUUCCCGUCCAGUUAGUAUAAUCAGCGGCCCGAUAAAGAUCUUUGACAAAAUCCUGGCCUCGAGGCUGGCGGUGGAUCUCCCGAAGCUGGUGGGCCAGCACCAGAGUGCUUUCGUCCGCGGCCGCUCGCUCCACGACAAUUUUAUGCUUGUGCAAUGCACCGCGCUGCGACUACACUCUCUGAAGAGCCCUUCCGUGCUACUGAAACUUGACAUCACGAAGGCCUUCGACACGGUCAGGUGGCCUUUCCUCCUCGAGGUGCUUCGGAGAUUUGGAUUCGGUGAGAGGUGGAUAGCCUGGAUAUGUGGGCUGCUGGGUACAUCCUCUACUAGGAUUAAGGUGAAUGGCCUGCCGGGGAGGCCGAUCUUGCCAUGCCAGGGCUUCAGGCAGGGGGAUCCGUUGUCCCCUAUGCUCUUCAUCAUUUGCAUGGAGCCCCUGCUCGCCCUCUUCCAGUAUGCGACAGACAAGGGUUUACUGGCUCCCCUUUCCCGCUCCGGCCUACGGCAGCGGAUUUCGAUGUAUGCCGAUGAUGUGGUUGUAUUUUUCAAGCCAAACGAGAUCGAGACUCGCACUUGUGGGGCAAUUCUGGAGCUUUUCAGAGGUGCGUCUGGUCUGCUGACUAACACGAGCAAAAACACACUCGUACCCAUCCUUUGCUCUCCGGAGGAGAUGCACGAGGUUUCAGAUCGCAUGGAUUGCCCCACCUCCCAGUUCCCAUGUCAAUAUCUUGGAUUGCCUCUGACGCUUAGGAAACCAACUGCCACGCAGCUUCAGUACCUGGUGGAUCGGGUCGCCGACGCGUUGCCACUUUGGAAGACAUCUUUGCUUCCAAAGAGUGGCCGCUUGCUCCUCAUUCUAUCUACCUUAAGUGCUAUCCCGGUCCACUCGAUGAUCUGCCGGCAAAAACGCUCUCCGCACUUGCAACGAUCUGCCGGAGAUUUCUAUGGCGUGGACAUAAAGACGCCAGGGGAGGCAACUGCGCGGUUUCUUGGGAUGCAGUUUGCCGUCCGAAGUGGGCAGAAAACUGACAAGGACAAGGCAUGGACAGAAUUUCGUAUCAAGGUCCCUCCCGAGGCACUAGCGUUGUACCAGGCGGCCACACGCACAACGGUGGGCAAUGGCAAAUCCACGUUCUUUUGGGAGGAUCGUUGGCUCAACGGAUCGCGGGCGUCUGAAAUUGCAUCACUGAUCUACAACAGGAUACCGGCCAGGAUCAAGCGAUCUCUACUCGUCUCAGACUCCUUGCUCAACAACAGCUGGGCAGGACAGAUUGGACCGAGCUUGACCCCGGAUGCGCUAUGGCAAUUCCUUGAUCUGUGGCAGCGUGUUGCGGAGGUGCCGGUGAUUGACCACGAGCUGGAUAUGGUGAAGUGGAGUUGGGAGAAAGAUGGGCAUUACUCCGCCAGCUCUGCUUACGCGGCGGGAUUCAUGGGUCUACAGAUAGAUCCUACGGCGGAUUUCACCUGGGGCUCCAAGGCCCCUCUGCAAUGUCGGUUCUUUGCGUGGCUAGCCUUUCAGAAUCGCUGUUGGACCUCUGAUCGCUUGAUUUGGCAUUGGAUGGGCCAGGUCACUGGUAGAGCGGAGUUCGAACCUCUCGGUGAUGAGGACAUCUACGCAUGGAGUGAGAGGCAGAAUAUGCAUGCCCAGGAUCGGAAAGCCACGAGGGCCAAAUGUCUCCUCACCAUGUGGAUGAUUUGGAGACAUAGGAAUGACGUCGUGUUCAACGGCGUGUCCCCCUCGGUGGCUCUGACGAUGAGUCGGAUCAAGGAGGAGGGACGGCUGUGGGCCAUGGCCGGCAUGAUGAAGCGUAACGCUAGGGGUUUUGAGGGUUCUGGAAGCCAAUCCCUUCGCCGGAACUCGAAGCGUGCUGCUAAUUGCCAGCCACGCUCUGCGCGUAGUGUUCAGCAGGGAGAGGAAGUUGAGGAUGUUGAUCAGUUUCAGGUUGUAAAGCGGACUAGACGUGCAGCAGUUGCAGGGGGAGCUGAAUCAUCUACUAGGAUCUUAUACCUUGAUGCGCUCGUUCAUGAUUUCCCAGUAAGCAACCGCGCGAUACAAGCGAAUGCAUGGGACAGUAGCCUAAUUGCCAAGGUGAUCAAGAAGGACUCGUAUCUCCUGUUGCAUAUAUGUAGAAUCCAGUCUGCCCAGCAUUUUGUUGUAGUUGCACAGCUCAAAGAGGAGUAUAGGGGCAUGGAGCAGACACCACUGUUUGGUGGUCUUUUGCAAGCUGAAGCAUUUGUGGCAUCCAAGUUGCCAAUAACCUACAAUCCGCAGAAAAAGGCAAAAAUUGCCAAAGUGGUCAAUGACUUGUGCAAGGCAGUAACUGAACAGGUUGGCACCUUCAUUGAAGCAGUUGCCAAGAUCGAUGAUGAGAAACCGGAUAUUGAUCCAUAUGUACAACAGACAUCAAUGGGGAACCCGCACGUCACGCCGUGUUCCAAAAAGGAAGAGACGGGUUUCACCUAUACAAGAAGAAGAAGAGUUUGUUGA